AUGAAGCGUAAUUUAAAAGUUUUGGCUCUAGGUUUAGGGUUAAUAGUAGCAGUCAUUAGUAAAAUAACUGAAGCAGCCGGUGCCUCAGAGUAUUUUGUGAGAAGUUUACCCGGAUUACCAGAAAAUGCAACCCUGAAAUCUCAUGCCGGUCAUAUUCUACUUGAUCAAGAAACAAAUUCAAAUGUGUUUUUUUGGUUGAUUCAUAAUCAGCAUAUUUCUGAUACACCUAAAUUUAUCGUUUGGCUUAAUGGAGGUCCUGGAUGUUCAAGCAUGGAUGGAUUAUUUCUCGAGAAUGGACCUUGGAGAAUAAAGCAAGAUCAAACAUUUGAAUUAAUCGAUGGAUCAUGGAAUGAAUAUGCAAAUGUAUUAUAUGUUGAUUUUCCUGUGGGAACCGGGUUUAGUUUUGCCAAUAGUAAUAGCUAUUUGAAAAAUGUUACACAGGUAUCCCAACAAUUCUUAUUAUUUCUUGAUGAAUUUUUUGAAAUUUUUCCGGAAUACGCCGAUGAUGAUAUGUAUUUAAGCGGAGAGAGCUAUGCUGGAACGUUUAUACCAUACAUAGCUUCUUCCAUUUUGAAAAGAAAUAGUGCAAGGAAGACGCCCGAGAAUAAAAAGUAUGGCUUAAAAGGUAUUGCUAUCGGCAAUGGAUGGAUUGAUCCGGCAUCCCAUUACAAUGCUUAUUAUACGUUUUCGGUUGAAAAAGGGUUAUUGGAUGGAGAAGAUAAAAAUACAGCUGAAAAGCAAUUGGAAGAAUGUAUGAAAGUACAAAAGAAAAAACCAGCCAUACAUUUAGAUAUAUGUGAACAAAUUCUUCAAACGAUCUUAAAACAUUCCAAGAACAAAACUGGAGAGAAUGAAACGUGUAUAAAUCAAUACGAUAUUAGAGAUCAUUCAGAUACGUAUCCUUCUUGUGGGUUUAGAUGGCCUUAUGAACUUUCUACCAUUACUGAAUAUUUAAGGAGGCCGGAUGUUAUUGGGGCCAUUCAUGCAGAACGACAACAAAUUGGAUGGGUUGAAUGUAAUCUUGGUAUUGGAAGAGAUUUUGAUAAUGAUCCAGAUCCACCCUCCGUCACAUUACUUCCGGAUUUAUUAAAACAAAUCGAUGUAUUAUUAUACAAUGGAGAUCAGGAUUUGAUCUGUAAUAUAAAUGGAAUGCAAGAUAUGUUGAAUAAUUUAGAAUGGAAUGGAUAUAAAGGAUUUAAGAACCAAACAGAGUUAUCAUAUUACGUCAAUAAUACACAAGUAGGACAUAUAUUAAAAGAGAGGAAUUUAACCUAUGUAGUAGUAUAUAAUGCAAGUCAUAUGGUACCUUAUGAUGCACCGGUAACUAGUAUGGACAUGAUGUAUAGAUUCAUCGGAUUAGACCAUCAUCUUGUUAAUAAAUGGCCUUCUACAAUUGGAAUAGAGGACAAUGAUUUAUCAAAUUCAAAUGAAGAAGAAAAUUGGGAUAGAUAUUACAAUGUAGGAACGUUUACACUCAUAUUUGUAAUAUGCGGAAUACUUGGAUUAGGAGCAUUUGUGAUUCGUAAUAAAUUAAGAAAACGUAGGAAUACAAGUCAAGCUAUGAAGGCUGCCGUGAUAGAUGAGUCGGGAGAAAUGGAAGAAUUGGUAAUAGAAACACCAUUGUUCCAAUCAGAUGAUGUGGAUCAUUUUGGAGACAGUGAACCGGAAGAUGAUAAUAAUGCAUCAUCAUCAAGUAGUCGUCGAAUUCGAGAAAGAAAUCAAGGUAGUAGAUAUCAAGAUGAAGAUGAUAUUAGAGAAGAAAGAAUGAGAUUAAGACCUAGAUCUGCAACACAGAAUUCAGCUAAAUCUGCUCUCCUUCAUCACAAGGCAGAAAAAUUAUCCCUUAAUUAG